AUGUCAAGGUUUAUCAAGUCCUACAAUGUAAUACCAAAGGAGUUGUUCCGCAUAAACAAUGGCCUUGUUGUCCGCCUGCGUGCCCACCCCGGCCCUCGAAGGCCGUAUGGCCUCUUCGACCUUUUGACUUACAGGGGAAUGGUCAAGCCAAAGGCACUCGACCCGGCCACUUAUGAGCCACCCAAUGGAGCCUCGAUGCGGCCCAAUACCCCCAAGAUGCAGCGAGUUGUCGGGACUCUUAGAGGAAGCUCAACCUACAUAUAUACGGUCCCUGCAGGCAUCCGUAUACCAGAGGACCUUAUACUCGUUCAUGAAUUCAAGGACCAUUAUUCCCUACAGGCUAGAGAGGAGAUGACGGUAGAUGACCUCAAUUCCAAAAUUACUCGUUUUCUAGAGGGCAGUGGCAGGUUCCUUACGAAGGAAGAAUGGCUGUCGGAGUACCCGGAAGCGACUGAGACCGAGUGA